CAAAGGCCUGAUACAUAUAAAAGGGUUAGAAUUACUCUAUGAAAACACAGACCAUUCAAAAGAGCUGUCCCUUAACCAUGAGCAAGAUUACUUUUUACGAGGACAGGAACUUUCAGGGAAAGUCCCAUGAAUGUUCUGGUGACAAUGCAGAUCUGCAUUCUUACUUUGCACGCUGCAAUUCAAUCCGUGUAGAGAAUGGCUGCUGGGUGAUCUAUGAACGUUCUAAUUACAUGGGACAUCAAUAUUACCUGAAGAAAGGAGAUUACCCUGACUACCAGAGCUGGCUGGGUCUGAAUGACUCUAUUAGAUCAUGCCACUCAAUCCCAUUGCAUCGUGGUUCUUAUAAAAUAAGACUGUAUGAAAGAGAAGACUUUCGUGGUCAGAUGAAGGAAUACCAAAAUGACUGCUCUAACAUCUAUGAAAGCUUCCAUGUUCAUGAUGUUUUGUCCUGCAAUGUGCUGGAGGGCUACUGGAUAUUAUUUGAGGAGCCUGGCUUUAGGGGAAACCAAUACUUCCUGAAGCCUGGAGAAUACCGAAGAUAUAGCAACUGGGGAGCCCCAAAUUCCAGAGUUGGAUCUUUGAAAAAAAUCAUGGACUUUAAUUAGAUGCAACAUUAUUUAAUGUGUUAAACUUGUUUAACUAAUAUCUGUAAAGAAAAUAAAUCAAUAUAAAUCUGG